AGGAAGGGGAGGUGUAAGGGAGAGAGAGAGAAUAGUAAGAUCCACCAGAAGAGGCAAGGAGCAGAAGGAGGAGGCCAAGAAGGGGGGAGAAAGUGCAAGAGAAGAGAGGAGGGAGAGGGAGAACAGAUUUAGCUUGCAAUACAUCAGAAACAGACAUAAAGAAGAAACUAGUACUUGGGUGGGGUGUGUGUGUGUGAAGGGAUUCCAUCCGAAGCCUGCAGAACAGCCGAAGAGCAAGCAACAUGAGCCACCCACAAUACCAAACCUUCCAGGGGGAUCAACCUGCCUCUCCAAAUCCACCCUCCUACUCAGAAAAAGAGCUCUGCAAAGACCCUGACCCUGCUGGAUCUGCACUUCCCACGGGCCAAGGGGCCGCUGUCCCUAUGCCUCCUUCCUAUGGCUUACCCAGCCCAGCCUACCAACCUCCGAUCAUUCAACCCCAGCAGACGGUCCUCCUCACCCCGAUCUACCCUUCCGUUGAACCAGAUUACCUGGCCUACUCCAUCUUCACCAUGCUCUUCUGCUGCUUGCCUUUGGGGAUCGCUGCCUUGAUUUUCUCAAUAAAGACCCGAGAUGCCAACCAUUUUGGAAACAUCAUGGCUGCGCAGCGAAAUUCCAAGUUGGCCCGCAACUUUUCCCAUGCUGCUCUUGGUUUUGGCAUCGCCGUCUUGAUCAUGAAUAUCGCCAUACUGGUGACCCUGUAUCUGUUGAACAAACCCUGAAGGCUUGUAUCUUCUCGUUCUUGAGAUACAAAACAGAAGCAAAAGGCUUGAAUUCAUCUGCAGUGGGCGAUUACAUCACAAGUUACAGCGGCUUACUCACACACCCAUGAAAAACACAAGGAUUUCCUCCCUCCUGACUGCUCUCACCAGCUAUAGAAUGAGGUUUUAAGGUUCUAGCAGCUAGAUUUGUAACAUGAUUUGUGUUAAGCUUUAGACAUAAACAUACUCCAGCUCUACAAAGCACCAAAGCAUCAUCUGGAGCAAGGGAAAAGGGGUGUUGGGUGGCAAGAAUCAAAUGGGAUACAACAACAUGCCUGCAAAUUGUCCUGUUGUCGUUAUUAAUUGUCAACCUCCUUGGAAUCCCACAAGGGGUUGAGAUCAUCUUCUUUUAACUGUUCCUCCUCCCAUCAGUCCACCAUCUUCUCAUUUCCUCUUCUAGGCUAUUCUGUACAUUUCAGACCUCGGGUGAUUUGUUUGUAGUUGUUUGAUCAUUCAGUUUUAACUUCUGGUUCAGUUCUUCCCAAAAUUCACUAGUUUUUUUUUUCUCUCCUUCAUCUAAUAUAAGUCCCUGAGAACUCCCCAAUUCUGACGCUACAGAUUGUUAAUCAAGCCCUUUCUGUCCAAUUAUAGAUCAUACCACAGCUUUCCUCUGCUCACUGGUUUUGCAACCAUCUCCUCCAGUCUGUUUUCAAAACCCAGAAAGCAUCUGAAUGCACCUUUUCAGAGUCCCGUAUGCAAGAGGAAUACAUGAUCUGACAGGGUUGAUCAUCAAGUAUGGUCCUUGGUUUUCUUGAAACAGUUUUUGCUUACCUCUUUGGAAGAAGAACAGAGGGUUCAACAUCUGAUGGCGGAAAUAAAUAUUGUAUGAUGAAAAUAAAGAAAUGGCUCACAUAA